ACUGCCCUCCUCGCGGAUGAUGGCGGCGGGACUGAACCCGUGUUAAUUAUAAUCUCUAGAAUUUGGCAACGUUGAUACAUUUUUACCUUCAUUUAAUUCGUAUUUAAACGAUUGCUCAGAAUAUUAUUUUUCUGUAGGCUUCAGAAACGGGUCUGGCGUCAGAAUGACUAAUGAGGAACCUCUCCCGAAGAAGGUUCGCCUUAGUGAAUCUGAUUUGAAGACCCUGACCAGAGAAGAAUUGUGUGCAAGGUGGAAACAGCAUGACGCUUAUGUCCAGGUCCUCGAAGCAAAAUAUGCUGAUUUAAACUCUAACGAUGUGACAGGGCUGAAGGAGUCUGAGGAGAAGCUGAAGCAGCAGCAGCAGGAGUCUGCGCGCAGGGAGAACAUUCUAGUAAUGAGGCUGGCCACCAAGGAGCAGGAGAUGCAAGAGUGCACAACACAGAUCCAGUACCUGAAGCAAGUGCAGCAACCCAGCGCAGCCCAACUCCGGUCCACCAUGGUCGACCCAGCCAUCAACUUAAUUUUCCUCAAAAUGAAGGCCGAACUGGAACAGACUAAAGACAAACUGGAGCAAGCCCAAAAUGAACUGAGUGCCUGGAAAUUUACACCUGAUAGCCAGACGGGUAAGAAGCUGAUGGGCAAGUGUCGCAUGCUGAUCCAGGAGAACCAGGAGCUGGGCAGGCAGCUGUCCCAGGGUCGCAUCGCCCAGCUGGAGGCCGAGCUCGCCCUGCAGAAGAAGUACAGUGAGGAGCUAAAGAGCAGCCAGGACGAGCUGAACGACUUCAUCAUCCAGCUGGAUGAGGAGGUGGAGGGAAUGCAGAGCACCAUCCUGACACUGCAGCAGCAGCUGAAGGACACGCGGCAGCAGCUCUCACAGCAGCCGCCGCCUCCGAACGCCACCGCCGCCGCCACAGGGCCUGUCCCCGCCAGCGCCGGUUCCAGCAGGACUGCCCCCUCCUCCCCCUCCACCUGCUCCGAGCCCGGCGCCCCGUCUGAGCCCGGGCCGACCUUCGGAAUCAGCGCCGCCGCCGGGAAGGACUGCGGCAGCGGGCGAGUGGCCAACGGGCCCACCAACGGGAGCAGCGGAGCCCAGAGAGGCGGCGGCGCCGGCGCCGGCGCAUCAGGGCUGUACCGGGAAGGCAGCAGCGUGGAGGAAGACUUCCCGCCUUCGCCGUCCGCGUCCAGCCCCGCGCAAGGGGAAGGCUCGAAGCUGUCCAACCACUCGGAGGAGGCGGUGAGCCAGGGGGGCGGGGACAGGUUUGAGCGGCAGCUGAGCGUGGGUUACGAGAGCGUGGACUCCCCGACGGGUAGCGAGGCCUCUGCCACCCAGCACUCCAUCGACACAGACUCCAACGCCGACUCGCACGAGGCUGCCGCUGCUGCCAUCGUCGUCGUCGCCGCCAAGGGCAACAGGACUGCUGGGUCACGGCAUACCGCACAGAAUGGCCUGGACUCCACAGCAGCCGCCGCUGCCACGGCAACCGCCAGCGCCGCGGUGACCACUAACUCCUCCACAGGGUCUGUUUUGUAACGUUCUUCAGUUGUCAUUGAUGUUCUUUUUUUAUACUUAAAAGACAGAUUAAAAUCAACACGUGAUGGCGCCAGUGGCUGAGAGAUGUUUGUCCAACCUUGUGCUUUUUUUUUCUUUUUUCUUUUCUUAAUCUUUUUUUUAUUUUUAUUUUGUUUUGCUUCUGUUGACUACAGUUGUGGAAGGAUAAUUCAGUUCGUGAAGCUGAAGUGCUUUGAUUUUAAACUUUUUUUUUUUUUUUUCCUCUUCUGUUGUCUCAAAACAAGGAUAUUUGAUCACUGGUUUUAUUCACCUCAUUGGCUCACUAAGAAGUGAUAUCACUUUGCAUUAUUUCACUGUAAAGUUCAAUAAAGUCAUGAGACCACUGGGUCUGGUCUGCAGUAGCCCUGUUCUGGAUGUGUCUCAGUUUCAAGGAGUUGACUCUUAACUCUUCUUUGUGACGUUCCCCUUCCUGCCUUCGGCAUUUUUGUUUGACGUGUGUAGUUUAUUUUCUUUUUUUUUUUCCUUUUUUUUUGAUGUUUUCAAGUGCUCUAAAUUCAUCUUUAUUCUGAUUUCAACCCUUUUCAUGUACUGACCAAAUAUCAAUAAAUAAUUUUAAUAGAA